AAAAAGGACCAAACCCGCGCCUCCACAUCCAAUUGCGAGAAGAGACUGCCGCAGCCCUUCUCCAGCCUUCCCAACCCUCCAACGCUUUCCUGCCACAACCACAUCCCCCAUCUUACGGCUACCCACAAACACCCACCGCCCAUCCCACCCCUCACAUCGCACCGCACUCUCCCACCCAGCACAAACUAGAACCCUCCAUCCGCUAUGUCGUGGCAACAGUACGUCGACUCCAACCUCGUCGGAACGGGCAAGAUCGCCCGCGCCGCCAUCUACGGCCUCGACGGAUCCCUCUGGGCUACUACUCAGGGUUUCAGCCCCGCCGCCCCCGAAGUCGCUGCCUUGACCAAGGGUUUCACGGACGCAUCCGGGCUUCGCGCCUCGGGUAUACACUUGGCUGGCGUAAAGUACUUUACUCUGCGAGCCGAUGACCGUGCUAUUUACGGUAAACAGGGACAAAACGGCGUCUGCGUCGCCAAGACGAAGCAAGCCAUCAUCAUUGGUGUCUACGAAAGUCCCGUGCAAGCCGGUGAGGCGAACAAGGUUGUGGAAGGUCUCGCGGACUACUUGAUCGGUGUCAACUACUAAUCGAAUUGAAUUGAGGCACGGAAAGACGAAACAACAACUCCACAGCCAAAAAAGAAAGUAUGAAGUUUUAGAAUCCCCUCCCCCAACUACCCGCGCGAAACGACGAACCCCCUCGCGCCAGCUCCCUGCGCUUGGAUGGUCAGAUGGGACACCUAGCGAAUGUGGGGGUCUACUGAGAGGCAUCUGACCCUUUUGAAGAAGUAGUAAUACACGUAUUGUCCGUUUGAUUUGCGGGGGUGGGUUUCGGGGGUUUUAAAAUGACCAUGCACAUUCCGAAAAACACAUGCGCAAGAGGAUAAGAUGGAAGCGCCGCUAUUCUAGUCUGUGUGGUAUCCCUUUGCCAAAGGGAUGUGAAACGCGACAGGUAACAGAAAAAGGAUAGACAG